AUCCAGCUUGGUCUACCGGCUGCUUGAAAGUAGUUCAUAAACGAAACUUAACUUUUCCUGCUUAGCAGUUUCCAUGCGUGCAAGCGCUUGGUGUGAGUUCUCAAACAAAUAAUAAGACGUUGUUUUGAAAGACGGGAGACAACAGUUUUGUUUGGCUACCCAUGGCAUAUUACAGAGGUCCAGACCCUAAAAGGGAACAGUUCCGGAGAUACCUGGAGAAAGCUGGGGUUGUUGACAGUCUUACCAGUGUUUUAGUGGCUUUGUUUGAAAGCCAAGAAAGGCCCAACAAUGCGCUGGAAUAUGUGAAGCAGCAUCUCGGAGCUGAUGGCAUGAAUCCAGAAGACACCGAGGCUCUGCAGCAGGAGAUGAUUGAUCUGAAACAGACAUGUGCUCGCCUGAUGGAGGAAAACAAAGACCUGAAAACAAGGCUGCAGCGUUAUGAGCCUGAACCAGAAGAUGGAGCUACAGCUGAAUAGACCUCCACAGAGCUUUUUUUGUUUCCUUUUGUUUUGUUUCCUUUUGUUUAUAUUUCUGCCACUUUAACUUUAAAGACAGGACGACACUGUUAAGUGAAAGCCAGUAUUUUUAUGUAACUGUACUGUUUUUGUGAGUCUUAGUUUCUAAUACGUUUCUUAGAAUUUAACUUAUUCUGUACAUGUUUGUAUAUAGGUUUACUCUUGUUCAUUUAGUCUUUAGUAUAGUUUGACAAUAGGAUGUGCCCUCCCUUGUGACCAGACAGGUCGGUUGGAAAUAGGAGGUGUUUUUGAACAUUCUGUGAGAAUUAAACAAAUGUAUGAUUAUACUGCAGAAAAUGUUAUUUUUCUGGCAUGAAAAAAAACUUUGCACAGAUCCUUAUAACACAAUAUCCUUCACUUUAAAGGGUCUGUUGUAAGUCAAAAGUGAAUAAUGAAAAUAAACAAGAUGCAAAUUAA